UUGAAUUUUGAAAAAAAUCUUUCUCAAAUUAUUCCAAAUUUAUCGUUAAAAACUACUCAAUUAGAAUUAACUCGCAUUUUAUUUACUUGGAUGAUUGCAUAAACCUUCACAGGAGGAUGUCUUCGCGCCAACUUGCCGUUUUUGAUUUCGAUGAGACUCUCAUUGGUGCGUGCUGCAUGCGUCAAAUACUCAAAUUCCUACCGGACUACAGGCGACCUCCAGCAUACGACUUUGCGAAAAAGGGUUGGAUCGAGUAUGCCAAUAGCGUAUUUAAAGAGCUGCUCUCGAUGGGGUAUUCUCUGGAGACUUUGUGCAAAUUUAUUUGCUCUCUGCCACCUAUUCCCGGCAUGCCGGAGCUUAUUCAGCAUCUCUGGAAUUCGUCUGUCCCCCAAUACGAUCUCAUUAUAGUCAGUGAUUCCUUCAGUAUAUUUGUCAUCAAUUGGUUAAAGGCACACAAACUUUUCAAAUGUUUCACUGGCAUUUAUUGCAAUCCAACGACAAUCAACGAUUCUGGAGAGUUAAUUGUGGACAGUUAUCAUUGCGCCAGUUGUCCAUUUAGUCCGCCUAAUUUUUGUAAGAAUCGCGUGCUGAACGAGUUCCUGUCCAUGCAGCAACAACUGAAUAUAAAUUACGACCGGGUGGUUUACAUUGGCAAUGGAAGGAAUGAUUUUUGUCCAACGCUUAACAUGCGUUCACGUGAUCUCGUGUGUGCACGCAAAGACGAUGUGUUGGCAGAGAAAAUUCAGAAAAAUCGCAAAAAGAUGAAAAUACAACCGAAGUUGUACUUGUGGAUCGAUGGUUAUGAAUUGCUCGAUAAACUGGCACAAUAAACAUUUGGAGGAAACAAAGUUUGAGUUUAAGCAACAAGCAAAAAAGCCGGUAUUAACGUAAAUUGCAAUAGUAUUACAGAUUAUAAGUCGAGAAAAAUUAAUAUUAUUUUUUAUUUGAUAACUUUGUCCUUCAAGAUUUAAAAUUUUUAACAAUU